UAACGUGUGGAACGUCGUUACGUCACCACGUUCAGCCUGAAACGGAAAAGGGCACGUGGGGUUGAAGGAACCCACCACGCACGUUUGGAGGCUACGAAACUUUCUCCGGGUCAGCAGCGAGGCCUCCUCUCCGUCGUCAUGGCUGUCAGAGCGGCGUUCGAGAAGAACAACGAGAUCGGCUGCUUCGCCAAACUCACCAACACCUACUGCCUGGUGGCGAUCGGAGGCGCCGAGAACUUCUACAGUGUGUUCGAAGGGGAAUUGUCAGAAACCAUCCCAGUGGUUCACGCUUCCAUAGCAGGUUGUCGCAUCAUAGGGAGGAUGUGUGUGGGAAACCGUCACGGUCUCCUGGUGCCCAACAACACGACAGACCAGGAGCUGCAGCACAUGAGAAACUGUCUGCCAGACACGGUGAGGAUCCAGAGAGUCGAGGAGAGGCUGUCUGCCCUCGGUAACGUCGUCGCCUGCAACGACUACGUAGCGCUGGUCCACCCCGACCUCGACAGGGAGACAGAGGAGAUCCUCGCAGACACUCUGAAGGUGGAGGUUUUCCGUCAGACGGUAGCAGAGCAGGUCCUGGUCGGCUCCUACUGCGCAUUCAGCAACCAGGGAGGCCUGGUCCACCCAAAGACGUCUAUAGAGGACCAGGACGAGCUGUCGUCUCUGCUCCAAGUUCCCCUAGUGGCCGGGACGGUGAACCGGGGCAGCGAGGUGAUCGCGGCGGGGAUGGUGGUCAACGACUGGUGCGCGUUCUGCGGCCUGGACACGACCAGCACCGAGCUGUCCGUCAUCGAGAGUGUCUUCAGACUCAGCGAAAUGGCGCAGCCCUCCGCCAUCGCCACCAGCAUGAGGGACUCGCUGAUCGACAGCAUGGCGUAAGACGGCGUUGAGGAGCCCUGCUGCGGUUCGCCCGGUCUCACAUGAAGCCACCAGGCUGCUGGACCUCAUUUCUCAACUUAAAUCCACCCCCCUUCCCCUCAUUCAGAAGUCCCGGCUCCGACCUGAAGCUGUAUUACUCCUUUGCUCUAGUGACCUCAGUCAUUUUUUAGAUCAGCUUUCUAAAAAAAAAAAAAAAAAAAAAUCCUAUCCGUUGAGACGGGUUCAGCUCCGCAUUCACCACCUCACCUUACAUUUUGACUGGGACUGGUGGAGAUAAUUGGUUGUAGUUUUUCAAGGCAGAGGCUGUUUGCUGAAGGCCUUCUGUUGCAACAAGGACAAAUGGUGCAGAUUUGGUGGAGGAAAUCAAACUGCCUGAAACUAUAUUUACAAUUUCCGCGUCUUCUUUUUUUUAACCAAACUAGUAGAAAUAAGGUUUCAAGCUUUCUACCAGUUUGGAUAAACCAUAAGUGACCAAGGCUUAAAAAAGUUAAAAAUCAAAUCUAUUUCUGUGCCUCUAUCAUUAAUAACGUGUCUAAACUCUGCCGGUAGGAGCCUGUGGAUUCUGGAUGUAAUUCUUAAUCCUAGUGGGAAACUGACGGUUGCCUUGACAGAGUCAACUCCCAUAAUGCUUCAGCAACUGUUGAGGCCAAACUCUGACGGGUGACGGUGCCCCAGCAGGCUGUCACUAGAAGUCGGCCAGGAAACUCGUUCCGGUCCCUCACUCUGUUGCCUGCAGCUGUAAGGGAUUCCCAUCAACACACAGCCACCUCAAAACUGCCAAACUGUAUCACCAUCCCAAAUAUCAACAGUUAUCUGAUGCUUGGAAGAGCGUAACCCACUGUUGCUUUCGUCGAGGAAACUGUAAGAAAAAAAACUCAAAACAUCAAUUUAAAAGCAAGGCCGUCGUCGAACCUGAUAGUUAUCUGAACGAGUAGCUUCCUUUUUUCAGGUCUGAAAUCACUCGAUAUAUUGAGAUAUUGUAAUUUCCACUAAACUGCCAGUGUACCGAGGUUGAUAUGAUUGAAUAUACACAGGAAGUGCGAUUUCAGUGUCAGUGGUCUCGUAUGUAAUGUUUAUACAAAGGGCAGAAAAAGCAGCAGAUGGAAGCGGAGGUAGAUGUUUCUCCUCAGACUGUAUGAAAUGAGACAGAUUGUGAUCUGGAAGACUCCAGUCUUUCUGUAACAAAUCAAGGCCUGUCUGGUGAACUGUGAUAUUUCUUAACCAACGAUAUGUGACAUCUGUCUUGUAAAAUAAAGUAAAUUGCCCUCUUUUUA